AUGCCUCAGGCAUCGGGCAGAGUAUACGCCAUGACUAGAGCUAAGGCAGCGGGUUCAGGUAACCUUAUUAUAGGUCAUUGUUUGAUAGUUGGGAAGGCUUGUUGUGUGCUAUAUGACUCUGGAGCGACACACUCAUUUGUGUCAGAUGCAUGUGUGAAAAAGUUGAGUCUGCUGGUGUGUGAGCUGCAGUGUGAACUUGUGGUGUCUACUCCAGCAUCGGGUUUGGUCAGGACGUCGUCCUUGUGUGCUAGGUGUCCGGUAGAGGUAGAAGGACGGAGGUACAAAGUGAAUCUGAUCUGCCUACCUCUACAAGAGUUGGAAGUGAUCUUGGGGAUGGAUUGCCUAUUUGCCAACCGCAUCCUUAUAGAUUGUCGAGAGAAAAGGUUGUUGUUUCCCAACUCAAAGGAGCCUGAGUUGUUAUCAUCCUAG